GAAGCGGUAGCCACGUUUGACUUCAGUAGGAAAAGAGUAUGCCUCGGCGUGUAGGCCCGAGUAAAGAUCUUGUAUAUCAGCUGUUUGGCGGAUCUAUCGCAGUUGUGUUGGUGGAGGGCCUUACCGGUGUUUUUUUAAUUACAAGGGAGACCUACAAGAAUGACCUCAUCAUGGGUCUCAACAUGUGUUUUACUUUUCUGCCUUUCUAUCGGGAAACCAAUCCCCACACUUGCAUGGGACCUGGAGCUGUUCGAUCUCGUAGAAGAAAUACCCCAAACAUUUUAUGAAUUCCUGUCUGUGGAUCAGGAUGCUUCAUCCGCUGAUAUCAGGAAGGCCUAUCGAAGGCUGUCCCUCGUACUGCACCCAGACAAGAACAAAGAUGAAAAUGCCGAAACCCAGUUUAGACAGCUUGUGGCCAUUUAUGAGGUCUUGAAAGAUGAGGAAAGGAGACAGAGGUACAAUGACAUCCUGGUCCACGGGCUUCCUAACUGGAAGCAGCCCGAGUACUACAGCUGGCGGGUGAGGAAGAUGAGCAAUGCAGAGCUGGGCUUAAUCCUCUGCCUGAUCUUGACCAUAAUUCACUAUGGAGUCAUCUGGGCGGUCUAUUUUCAAAAUCUGAUGGAUGAAUUCAUGGUCAAAAAGAAGAAAGACAGAAAGAAAAAGGGCAGCAGCAAGGGGGCGGAUGAAAUGAAGGCAGUUGGUCAAGAGAAGAAUGAGAGGUCUUUCGAGAAACCCCAGUGGUAUGAUAUCCUGCCUUUCAAACUAAGCAUCGGGCUGUACCUCUUCGUGAAGUCCCUCCCUCUUAUCAUUCAGGAAGCGAAACAGUACUAUGAGGACUAUAAAGAGAUGAAGCUGAAGGAGAAGGAGGAAGCCGAGGCCCUGGCGGCUGAAGAGGCCCAGCAAGCCCAGCAAAAGGAAAAGUAUACCAAAGUGAAGAAGCCCAAGAUCGAGUUCCCCGUCUAUGAGCCCAGCACCUCAGAUGUGUCUUUCGCAGCACCAUAUGAUCAAGGGACAUCCAUAGAGGACAUCGAGGACCAGAUGGACGACUGGUUAGAGGACAAAAAAUCUCAGAAAAAGAAAAACCCUGACUGGACAGACGAUGACAUCAGCCAGCUCAGCAGGUGCAUGAAGAAGUUUCCAGGGGGCACUCCUGGACGAUGGGAGAAGAUUGCUCACGAGCUAGGCAGAUCCAUAUCAGACGUGACUGCCAAGGCCAAGCAAGUUAAAGACAACAUCACCACCACGCCAGGGAUGGUGAAGCUGUCCAAUCUGAAAGGUGCCGCCGGCCUUGGCAAGGUCUCCAAAGUACCCGACGCCCUGAUGACCCAGCGGGAGGAGCCCCCGGCAGCCGAGGAGGUCACGAGCAUCGAGAGCUCGCCAGGAGACGGCGGGGAGGAGGCGGAGGGGAAGACCCUGAGGAGGAGGGCGAAGAAGGGUGCAGCAGCAGCAGCAGCAGCUGCAGUAGGGGCUGGAGGAGGAGGAGCAGGAGCAGCAGCAGCAGCAUCAUUAGUAGUAGUAGUAGGAGGAGGAGGAGGUGGAGGAGGAGGAGGAGGAGGUGGGGGGGCUGUGGAGGAUAAGCCCAGCAGGAGCAGGCGACAGAGGGACUUUGACCCCAAUGCGGUGGAGGAGGACAGUGAAGAGGAGAGGAGAGCACAGCCCACGGCACCACAGAAGGAGAAGGAGAAGGAGAAGGCUGGUGCUGGUGCAGCUGCUGCUGGCGCCACAGAGGAGGUUUGGACCCAGAACCAGCAGAAGCUUCUGGAGAUGGCACUGCAGCAGUACCCACGGGGCACCACAGAACGCUGGGACAGAAUCGCCAAAGUGGUGCCCGGGAAGACCAAGGAGGAGUGCAUGAUUCGUUUCAAGAUGCUGGCAGAACUCAUACAGAAGCGAAAGCAGGCCAAGAGUUGACUGCCCUCUGGUGGCCGUGUUGGGUUCUGACUUUACCUCUCACUUGUCUGUCAUGUGCCUUAUGCCCCACUCAACACACACAGAGGGUGCAUUCCAAUAUGCAGGACUCCCGUCCUCCACUUGUGCUUGUGGCCUCGCUGUUUUUGCUGACGCCCCGCCUCCGUGGAGAAAACAAUCAAGUUUCCUUGCUGUCAGCGUAGCCACAACAAUUUUGGGGAGACUAUUCUUCAUUCACCAUCCCGUUUGCAAAUGAGAAAAUGACAUUAGAGUUGAGCUUUUGGGAGAUAUUGAAAUACAAUGCUGUUGUCGGUGACGUCAUCACGAGGAGGCAAGUGAGCAAGGGAGGACGGGAGUCCGCAUAUUGUACUCCACCCAUAGAGAGCCACCGUUAGCUAACAUCAAGAGUUUCCAAGGCUCUACUUGUUAUGUAAGCCUUAGUAUUGUACUUCAGGAGAAUUUAACAUCUCCGUUGAAACCAACUGUUGCAGUAUAUACUGAGAAUGGUUUUUAUUUAUUCUUUGUUUUGCCUUUUCAUUCAUUGUCUUGGCUCCCUAUUGCACCAUAGUUUAUCUGUUUUCAGAUAUAAUGUGUGGGAAACUGAUGUGUCAACAUUGUUUAAGGUGUUUUUAUAAAUCUGUGAAAAUGACUAUUUUUCAGAGGCAUUAUAGAGCGUGUUCAUUCAUUCUGCAUAUUUGUGUAUUUCAUAUUCAUAUUAUUGACAAUCUCACAUUAUCGAAUAUUGUCUUGAGAGAAAAUAAGAUAUGGGCUUGAAUCAGUCACAAAAGACUGGAGUGCAUAAUAAAUGCAACAAACAUGUUGGGGUGUGGAAAGAAUCUUUGGGUAAAAAUGGCAGAACUAUUAUGAGAGAAAUAUGAAGUGCACAUGUUUGAACGAUGAUACUGUAUUUAGUUAAACGUGCAAUCUUGGUACUUACCACAGUGCUUAAUUGCUAAUGCAUUGCAUUCAUUGACAUGUACUGUGUAUGUACUUGGACCCCAAGUACAUGACAACGAUUGGAAUACAUUAGGCUUGGAAAUAAAAAAAAUACACUAUAGCAUUGGACAUAGACACAGACUGGGAAAUAUGUCAGUGUAAGUUGGCCUACACGUGUUUGUGUCUGCCGUAUUCGUCAUCUUAAGCAGUUCAAUGUCAUCAAGGACAUUACAUCUCAUUUGUGAAUAGUGCACGGCAAAUGUCCUUCACUGGAAAAAGAAGCUCGAACAGUUCUUCCUUAU